UUUAGCCAUAGCUAUGGUUACCACGUCUCUCCCCGCCUCCCUCCACCUAUCAAGAAGACGACUGGCCAUUGGCUGUCUGUCACCAAGUAAGUCAGUCAUUGGCCGCAGGUGAGACCGGGCGCUCCCCCUUCCCCUGUCUCCUGGGUCUCUUGAGGAGCCCAGGAAGGAGGCUCGGCUAGUGCCGCCGGGCCACGGGCUGCCGCGACCGGGCUGCGGCAGUCGUUAGCCGGCAUGUCGGCCGCCCAGGGCUGGGACAGGAACCGCCGGAGGGGAGGAGGCGCCGCAGGUGGUGGCGGCGGCGGAGGUAGCGGGGCCGGCGGGGGCAGUGGGGGCAGCGGGGGUCGGGGGACUGGCCAGCUCAACCGCUUCGUGCAACUCUCCGGGCGGCCGCACCUGCCAGGUAAGAAGAAAAUACGAUGGGACCCAGUUAGGAGGCGCUUCAUUCAGUCCUGUCCCAUCAUAAGGAUCCCUAACAGGUUUUUGAGAGGCCACAGACCUCCACCAGCACGAAGCGGACAUCGUUGUGUGGCAGAUAAUACCAAUCUGUAUGUGUUUGGAGGUUAUAACCCAGAUUAUGAUGAAUCAGGAGGGCCAGAUAAUGAAGACUAUCCUCUCUUCAGGGAGCUUUGGAGGUAUCAUUUUGCUACAGGAGUGUGGCACCAGAUGGGCACAGAUGGCUACAUGCCUCGGGAACUGGCAUCUAUGUCACUUGUGCUACACGGAAACAACCUGUUAGUGUUUGGAGGGACGGGUAUCCCAUUUGGUGAGAGCAACGGCAAUGAUGUCCAUGUCUGUAACGUGAAGUAUAAGAGAUGGGCUUUACUCAGCUGUCGGGGGAAGAAACCGAGUCGUAUAUAUGGACAGGCCAUGGCUAUCAUCAAUGGCUCCCUUUAUGUCUUUGGAGGGACAACUGGCUAUAUUUAUAGCACAGACCUGCACAAAUUAGACCUCAAUACUAGAGAAUGGACACAACUGAAACCAAACAACUUGUCCUGUGAUCUACCAGAAGAGAGAUACAGACAUGAAAUUGCACAUGAUGGGCAGAGGAUUUACAUCCUGGGAGGUGGUACUUCUUGGACAGCUUAUUCCUUAAACAAGAUUCAUGCAUACAACCUUGAAACAAAUGCAUGGGAGGAAAUUGCAACAAAGCCUCAUGAAAAAAUAGGUUUUCCUGCAGCCCGAAGAUGCCACAGUUGUGUUCAGAUUAAAAAUGAUGUGUUUAUUUGCGGGGGCUACAAUGGAGAAGUGAUCCUGGGAGAUAUCUGGAAGUUGAAUCUGCAGACUUUUCAGUGGGUCAAGCUCCCAGCUACCAUGCCAGAGCCAGUGUAUUUUCACUGUGCAGCUGUUACACCAGCUGGCUGCAUGUACAUUCACGGAGGUGUGGUGAACAUCCAUGAAAAUAAACGGACUGGGUCGUUGUUUAAGAUCUGGCUGGUGGUGCCUAGCCUGCUGGAGCUGGCAUGGGAGAAGCUGCUCGCGGCCUUCCCCAACCUGGCAAACCUCUCCCGAACACAGCUUCUGCACCUUGGACUCACACAGGGACUCAUCGAACGCUUGAAAUGAGGAUUUCUGGACUGUUCAUUGAUACUGGAAAUGUUAAUUUAAAGAGACUCCUUUAUUUAUGGGCAGUGUAGAAUGUGCUUCAAAGAGGAUUGGUUACCCUGAUCAAGGCCUUAUUCAGAAAAUACAUCAGAUGCCUUUCUGUAAAUUGUUUUAAGUUUAUGGAAUCUCACUUUCCCUUGUGCUUUUUUUCUUUGCUUCUCUCCCUCCUGCCUCAGUACACACGCACAUACACACAUACUCCUUCUUCCUUGACAGAGCUGAGGGAAAGUCUGAAAGUACCUUAAUAAUGUUAUGAAUCAAGAUAAAAUAAAGAAAAAUUUAAAGGAA